CCACACCGGUAAGAGGCUACCUGUCAGUCUUUUAAAAAAGAGACAUCUCUUUGGCUCCCUACAGGCAGAGCAGACAGUGCUGGAGAAAACAACCACGGAGGCCCCAGCAGUAAAAACCAUAAAGGAGAAGAAGAUGGUUGCUGCGGAAUCCAAGUCGUUUGCUGUGAACAUGUUUCGGGGUCAGGUCCAAACAGAGCAGGUGUUCCCCUUCCCCUCUGUUCUGAAUGAUGAGCAGGAGCAGCUUCUCCGGGAAUUAGUGGGACCUGUCAGCAAGUUUUUCCAGGAGGUCAAUGACCCAGCUGCCAAUGACUCUCUGGAGAAAGUGGAGGACAGCACGAUGGAAGGCCUGAAGGAGAUGGGGGCGUUUGGCCUGCAGGUGCCAUCUGAGCUUGGAGGACUGGGGCUCACCAACACACAGUAUGCCCGACUGGUUGAGAUUGUUGGCAUGCAUGACCUGGGUGUAGGCAUCACUCUGGGUGCCCACCAAUCCAUUGGUUUCAAAGGGAUUCUCCUGUUUGGAAACGAUGCCCAGAAGAAGAAGUACCUUCCAAAGCUGGCUACAGGAGAAACAAUCGCUGCCUUCUGUCUGACUGAACCUGCCAGUGGCUCUGAUGCUGCAUCCAUCAAAACCACAGCCAAAAAGAGCGACUGCGGAAAGUACUACAUCCUUAAUGGGGGCAAAAUCUGGAUCAGUAAUGGUGGCCUGGCAGAUAUCUUCACUGUCUUUGCUAAAAUGUCGGUGAAAGAUGAAACAACCGGUGAAGUGAAGGACAAAAUCACCACAUUUAUUGUGGAGCGGGGAUUCGGAGGAGUGACGAGUGGGCCUCCAGAGAAGAAAAUGGGCAUCAAAGCGUCAAACACAGCGGAAGUGCACUUUGAGGAUGUGAAGGUGCCAGUGGAGAACGUGCUGGGAGAAGUUGGCGGUGGUUUCAAGGUGGCCAUGAAUAUUUUGAAUAAUGGACGCUUUGGCAUGGCAGCUGCUCUCUCUGGGACCAUGAAAGGAGUCAUUGCCAGGGCAGUUGACCAUGCUGCAAAUCGGACCCAGUUUGGGAACAAGAUUCACAACUUUGGUGCCAUUCAGGAGAAGGUUGCUCACAUGGCAGUGCUGCAGUAUGUGACGGAGUCGAUGGCAUACAUGAUCAGUGCAAACAUGGAUUCAGGAGCGACUGAGUUCCAGAUAGAAGCUGCCAUCAGCAAGAUCUUUGCAUCUGAGGCUGCCUGGAAUGUUACUGAUGAAUGUAUCCAGCUCAUGGGUGGAAUGGGCUUCAUGAAGGAUGCUGGUAUUGAGCGAGUGAUGAGGGACCUUCGGAUCUUCCGCAUUUUUGAGGGAACAAAUGAUAUUCUUCGGCUUUUUGUUGCACUCAAUGGUAUUCAGACCACUGGGAAUCACCUGAAGGGACUGCAGAGAGCACUGAAGAAUCCUGUUGAAAAUGCCAGCCUGUUAAUGGGUGAAAUCAGCAGGCGGGCACGAAGGAAGGUUGGACUUAGUACAGGCGUUAGCCUAAGUAACAAUGUACAUCCAGAACUGAAGCAGAGCGGGGAACUGACAGUAAAAGCUGUUGAAAAAUUUGGUGGCUGUACAGAAGAUCUGCUGUUGAAGUAUGGCAAGAGAAUUGUAGACGAACAGUUCCUGCUGAAAAGGGUGGCAGACAGUGCCAUUGACCUGUAUGCCAUGGUGGUUGUUCUGUCCCGGGCUUCCCGUUCUCUGAACCAAGGCCAUGCAACUGCUCAACAUGAGAAAUUGCUCUGUGACACCUGGUGCAUUGAGGCAUAUGCUCGCAUUAUGGACAAUCUGAAUGCCCUCACUUCCAGCUCUGCCAGGCAGACCUUCAAGAACAUGCGCGCCAUCUCCGCAGCGGUGGUGAGCAAUGGUGGCACCGUGACUCCUCAUCCCUUGGGAUUUUAAGAAAGGAAGCCACUCUGCCUUGCCAGAUCAGAAUGUAAAUCCACAGCCAGAUCUACUCUGAAUCUAACACUUCAGUCUUUAAAAAUUGGAAGGUUUAAUUACUGAACCUGAUCUCCCCUCCCCAUUUCAGACUGGGAGUGCCGUGAUUGGUGCUGUUGCAGUUUUGAAUCCUGAAAAGGUUUUAAAAAGCAAUGCCCUAUAUGAAUCACAUUUAUCCUUGCACUUGUUAACCACCAGCAUUAUCACUAGGGCUUUAUUUAAUAACAGCCUGCUUUAGGGCAGACAGUAGCAUUGUGGUAAUGUAACUGGACUAGUAAUCCAGAGGCCCAGACUAAUGCCCUGGGGACUUUGGUUCAAAUCCCACCAAGACAGCUGGGGAAUUUAAAUUCAAUCAAUAAAUCUGGAAUUGAACGUUGGUCACAGUGUGGUGACCAUGAUAACCACCAUCAAUGAUCGUAAAACCCCAUCAAUGUCCUUUAGGGCAAAUAUCCAACGUUCUUACCUGGUCUGGCCUACGUGACUCCAGACCCAGAGAAAUGUGGUUUACUCCUGACUGCUCUGAGAUCAGGGAUAAACAACUAUUGCUUGGGUCAGUAACACUGACACCCCAUUAAAAAAUGAGGGAAAAAGUGGUACUGGGUACAGUACUGAAAGAAGUCUGGUUACGUUACCCUGACGAUGUUUAAUGGGGACAGUGUAGAGGAAGCUUUAUUCUGUAUCUAACCU